AUGGCCGACUCCUUCCCCGCGACCAUGUCGGGACCAACAUCUAAGGAACGAAAGUAUGAUCGCCAACUGCGAUUGUGGGCAGCAACCGGCCAACAAGCUCUUGAAGAUGCGCGGGUAUUGCUGGUGAACUCAGAUGGCCCUCUCGGCUCCAGCAGUACCGGUGUCACGGGUGUUGCAGGCGUGGAAACACUCAAGAACCUGGUCCUACCCGGCAUCGGUGGAUUUACCAUCGUGGAUCCGGCGACAGUCACCGAGGCUGACUUGGGGGUGAACUUCUUCCUUGAGGAAGAGUCUCUCGGCAAAUCGCGUGCUGAUGAAACAUGUCGGCUGCUGAGAGAAUUGAAUCCCGAUGUGCAAGGGUAUUCGUAUUCCAAACCUAUCACCGAUCUCCUCACUGAUCCGGAUUUUCUCCCCCGGCACAAGCUGGUCAUUAUUUCUGGUCCAACUAAGCGCUCCACUUUAGAACCACUCUGCCAAAAAGCGCAGGAAUUAGAGAUUCCAGUGUUGUAUGUCCAUUCUAUCGGAUUCUGCGCGACCUUCUCAUUGCAAUUGCCUACUGAGUUCCCCAUUGUGGAAACUCACCCAGACCCUGAGUCAACACAAGAUCUGCGUCUCUUGAACCCAUGGCCUGAGCUCGCCGCAGCCGCCGAAUCUUUAGGCGACCUAGAGCGCAUGGAUGACCACCAGCAUGGCCACAUACCUUACAUCCUGCUUCUUCUCCGGUUUCUCGCGCAAUGGAAACAAACACAUGGAGCUAUGCCAGACAACUAUAAAGAAAAAUCCGCAUUCCGCGAAUUCGUACGCUCAAAUGCACGCACCAAGAACGCCGAAGGUGGCGAGGAGAAUUUUGACGAAGCAGUCGCCGCCGUACUGAAAACCAUCUCACCCUUCAGCCUGCGCAGCCCUAUUCGCGAGAUCUUUGAGAUGCAACAAUGCCAGCAGUUGACUACACAAUCCGCCGAUUUCUGGGUUAUCGCCUCUGCCAUUCGCACAUUUUACAAUACGCACGGUGUUCUACCUCUGCCGGGCUCACUUCCAGAUAUGAAAGCCCAGUCGGCCGACUAUGUCGCUUUGCAGAAUAUCUACAAAACCAAAGCACGAAAAGACGUGGAGGAAGUAGCUGCAACAAUCCGUCAACUUGAAUCGCAACUCGGGCGCACAACUCCUAUCCUCGAUAGGGAGGUUGAGGUCUUCUGCAAGAAUGCGGCGCAUAUCAAGGUCGUCCGCGGACGGGGCAUCGCCCAAAUAAACGAGGGCACCGAUGCUGAUACAUUGAAGGCGUUGCGAAGUGGACUCGCUAUGCCUGAAUCCCUGGCAUCUAUUUUCAUCGCGUGCCAGAUCAUUGAUGCGGUCGUGGAUGAAAUCCAGAGUAAUCCGGCCCAAAACCAACUUUCUGUCGAUGACGACGGUCUUUGGAUUGCGCAUAAAGAGCGUAUCCUCGCCCUCUUGACCCGUGAUGACUCAACACCUCUUGACGAGGAAGCACAGGAUAGCAUCGACAAGGCUAUUCAGGAGAUUCGCCGUGCUGAUGGUGGUGAGCUACACAAUAUCGCGUCGCUGGCUGGUGGUUUGGUCGCACAGGAGUCGCUUAAGGUGCUGACGAGACAGUAUGUCCCUCUGGACAAUACUUGCGUUUUCGAUGGCGCUCGAAGUCGGAGCGAGAUGUACCGCUUCUAG